UCCCAUAGAGUAGUCCCCCACCCCCGCUGUCAUCAUGGUGGCGCUGUCAUUGAAGAUCAGUAUUGGCAAUGUGGUGAAGACGAUGCAAUUUGAACCGUCCACAAUGAUUUAUGACGCCUGUCGUAUCAUCCGGGAGCGUGUCCCAGAGGCACAGAUCGGCCAGCCCAAUGACUUCGGUCUCUUUCUGUCCGAUGAGGAUCCCAAGAAAGGAAUCUGGCUGGAGGCCGGGAAGGCGCUGGAUUAUUACAUGUUACGUAAUGGGGACACCUUGGAAUACAGGAAGAAACAACGUCCUUUGAAGAUUCGAAUGUUGGAUGGUACAGUGAAAACUGUCAUGGUGGACGACUCCAAAACCAUGAGUGACCUAUUGAUGACAAUCUGUGCCCGAAUCGGUAUCACCAAUCAUGAUGAGUAUUCCCUUGUGCGAGAUGUGCUGGAGGAGAAGAAGGAGGAGGUCACUGGGACACUAAAAAGAGACAAGACACUUCUACGAGACGACAAAAAAAUGGAAAAACUUAAGCAGAAACUUCACACAGAUGAUGAAUUAAACUGGCUAGAUCCGGGACGAACCCUGCGGGAACAAGGAGUAGAUGAAAAUGAAACUCUGCUCUUGAGGCGCAAGUUCUUCUACUCUGACCAGAACGUGGACUCCAGGGACCCGGUCCAGCUGAAUCUCCUGUAUGUGCAGGCCCGGGAUGACAUCCUGAACGGCUCUCACCCCGUCUCCUUUGAUAAGGCCUGUGAAUUUGCCGGUUACCAGUGCCAAGUGCAGUUCGGACCACACAAUGAAGUGAAGCACAAGCCAGGAUUCCUGGAGUUAAAAGAUUUUUUGCCUAAAGAAUACAUCAAGCAGAAGGGAGAGCGGAGGAUUUUUAUGUCCCACAAGCAGUGCGGUAAUAUGAGUGAGAUAGAGGCGAAGGCUCGCUAUGUGAAGCUGGCCCGCUCCCUGAAGACGUACGGCGUCUCGUUCUUCCUGGUGAAGGAAAAAAUGAAAGGUAAGAAUAAGCUGGUUCCUCGGCUUCUGGGCAUCACCAAGGAAUGUGUGAUGAGGGUGGAUGAGAAGACCAAGGAGGUGAUCCAGGAGUGGAAUCUGACCAACAUCAAGCGCUGGGCAGCCUCCCCCAAGAGCUUCACUCUGGACUUCGGGGACUAUCAGGACGGCUACUACUCUGUGCAGACCACAGAAGGCGAGCAGAUAGCCCAGCUCAUCGCCGGGUACAUCGACAUCAUCCUGAAAAAGAAAAAGAGCAAAGAUCACUUUGGUUUGGAGGGGGACGAAGAGUCGACUAUGCUGGAGGAUUCCGUGUCACCUAAGAAAUCCACCGUUCUUCAGCAGCAGUUUAACCAAGUUGGUAAAGUGGAGCACGGCUCGGUGGCGCUGCCAGCCAUCAUGCGCUCUGGGGCAGGUGGGCCUGAAAACUUCCAGGUGGGCUCCAUGCCUCAGGCGCAGCAGCAGGUGACCAGCGGACAGAUGCACUGGGGACACAUGCCACCACUGACCUCUGCCCAGCAAGCUCUGACUGGCACCAUCAACUCCAGCAUGCAGGCGGUGAACGCUGCCCAGGCCACCCUGGAUGACUUUGAUACUCUGCCACCUCUGGGUCAGGAUGCU